AUGGACGUCCGCGAUGCACACCAUGUCCUUCCUGCCGACUCGUUGGCCCAACGUAUAGAGCCCACGCAAGCACAACAGCAAGCCAUCACUGCCCUCAAGGACGUCGUCUUUGGUUCCUUUGCCGGCAUGGCUGGAAAAUACAUCGAAUACCCCUUCGACACUGUCAAGGUCCGACUACAAUCUCAGCCCGACAACAUGCCCCUACGCUAUACCGGCCCUGUUGACUGCUUCCGCCAAUCCUUCCGUCGUGACGGUCUGAAAGGCCUAUACCGCGGUAUCAGCGCUCCUCUGUUCGGAGCUGCCGUCGAGACCAGCAGUCUGUUCUUCAGCUAUCAAGUUGCCCAGGACACUCUCAAAGCAAGCGUCUACAAGAACACCGACCCUCUACCGCUGCAUGCCCUCCUGGGUUGCGGCGCCUUCUCUGGCGCUUUUGCCUCGCUGCUCCUCACCCCGAUCGAGCUCAUCAAGUGCAAGAUGCAAGUCCCCGUCGAGACUUCGCCGGGUGUCUUUGCUCGUCCCAGGCCAUACACCCUGAUCUCCUCAGUAUACCGCCAUCAUGGCAUUGCUGGCUUUUGGCAUGGUCAAAUGGGCACCCUCAUCCGCGAGAUGGGUGGUUCAGCUGCCUGGUUCGGCGCAUACGAGUCCCUUACUCUGGCCUUCAAGAACCUCCAGAAAGGAAAAAACCUCUCAGACACCUCCCUGCCUGUGUACCAGCAGAUGAUCGCUGGUGCUGCAGCAGGUAUGAGCUACAACUUUCUCUUCUACCCCGCCGACACCAUCAAGUCGCGUAUGCAGACAGAAGCCGUCGGUGCUCUUCUCCCAGGCCACAAACGAAAGACCUUUGGCUCUGUCGCUCGCGCUCUCUGGAAACAACAUGGUCUCAAGGGCUUGUACCGUGGCUGCGGUAUCACCGUUGCUCGCUCUGCACCCAGCUCCGCCAUCAUCUUUUCCAUUUACGAAUAUCUCAAGAAAACAUUUGCAUAA